CAAGGCCGCCAUGGGCAAGAACGGUAGGUGUUACCCAUUACCUGUGCACUUGCUCGAGUCAAGAUCGUCCCGAUCCCAUCCUGUUGGCUGGCGCUGACACGGCAUGGCCCUGCCUGCGACAGACGACAUCGAGGACAAGCGGCGGAAGCUCGAGGACCUCCUCUACGACUUUGAGGACUACACCGAGAUCGACUCGUUCGAGGAGGAGAGAUUCGUCCAGCUGCAGGCGGCCACGAAGUCACUGGCUCUUCUCGUUCUUGACACCAUCAAGCGGUUGAAGUUGGAUGGCGUCCCCGUCAGCCCGCCCCCCAAAGCUACGUCCUUCCCUCCGCUGCCCCCACUGCCUCCGCUUCCGCCUAGUGCCCUGCUGCACGGAACGGUCAAGUCGCCCUCCCGGCCACUGCCAUCCUCGAAACCGCCAUCAAGACCAUCGUCGAGAGGCCGGGAUGUCGCUACAGGCCCAUCACCGGGGCCCGAGCUUCCGUUACGCACACCGAGGGCCCCCAAUGGCAUGGCGAGUGGGAGCACCGACGGCAGGAGGAGGAGGCUCACACCCCAGGAUCUCCGUAGAAGGGACACACUGGCCAGUCAUACAUCGUCGCAGUUUAGCGUUGACUCGCUGCCUCCAUAUUCGAGUGAAGAAGCGCCCCCAGUUCCCCCACCGUGUCCACCGUGGGAGAACACCCCUCUCGCUCAACACACUCAUCCGGGCCAGGAGCGUCGAAUCAGCACCGAGAAUCUGCACGGCGCCGACUAUACGCAGCCCGCAUCCGCAACUCGCGCAUCGUCAAGACAGCGACACGCCCAGCGGCGUUCCUCGACACCCUCCACGCCCGAGAUGCUGACCUCCCAAAGCAGCCUCGGACGACACGCAAACGAAGCUGCCAGCCCCGCGAGCACCGAGCCAAGCGUUGUCGACAUCCCGAACUUCCCGUCCGUUCCACUCAACAGGACGACGGCGUGGGUGACAGACCAGGCGGCCGUCCCGGCGUCGCCACGCUUGCUGUCCAGGCCGCUGCCGAUCCGGGAGUCCGUGAUCCCCGAGGACCAGCCUGUGCAUAACAUGACCGUCUUCCCCAACACACCGGACGGGAGUGGCCACGCCUCUUCGCUCGCCUCAGCGCCGCCGAUUCCGCCUCCGCCACUCAGCCUUCCUUCUACGGCGGACCUGCACGACCCGGGCGUGAUGGUGGCCGAGGACUGGAAGACGGUGAUAUCGGAUGGCGCCCACUCGGGGUCGCGCGCGCAUUCAUCGAUGUUGUCGCGCGAGGCCGACUGCAGCAUCGGGCCCAAGAGCUCGCUGUACCAGAUGAAGGGUUUCUGCGAGGGGGCCCAGGCGUUCAAGCAGGGCGGUCCCAUGCAGGGCAUCAAGAAGACGACGGGCUACGUGGCUGGCGCGACAACACACACAGGGAAAUGCAUCAGCUGCGGCUAUGCCCACCAGUACGAUGAGCUGACCCUGGACGUCAACCGCGACCCCAAAGCAAACUUCACCGCCUCCUCCGUCCGCUUCCGCAUCCGCUUCCUGUACAAAUCCCACCUCACGACCGACAAGCUGACCGAAGCCUACUACGGCUGCCUCUUCUGCGCGCAGGCCGGCUCGGUCGUGCGUGAGGGCGACGCGACCGUCUUCGCCAACAGCGACGCCCUCUUCCGCCACCUGGCGCGCCACCCGCAACCCCUGCCGGACGUGCCCGGCGUCACGGUGCUGUACGGCAAGGACUUCCGUGAGGGCGAUCCGCGCCUCAACGACUUUGACGUCCACUUCCUCGAAGAACCGCCCGACGGAAGUGGGGGAGGGAUGAUACCGCCGGCGGCGGCCGAGGCGGAUAACAUUGCACGAUUGCCGGUGGCCACGGCGACCAAGAUGCAUGUGCAGCGGUACGGCGAGAAGAAGCUCGCGCGGCCCGACGGUGUGGGCGAGAAGGGGAUGCUGCAGUUCUUUGCGGGCGCGCGGAUCGUGGGCGUGGAAUUCCCCGUCAAGUUCGGCGGGAAGUGGGCGACGGGAUGGCACGACGGCGACUGGGGGAUUUUUCCGGCGAAGCAUGUCGAGUUGGAGAAGCCGCGGCGCAGCGAGAUGCCGCCUCUGCUCACGCACGCGAGCGCGAACGGCGGGGUCGUGGCCAGCGUCGUGGCGCGGUGGAAGUGGGAGCCCCGCGAUGCGGGCGAUAAAGGCUGGCUCGUGUUUGACAAGGGCGAGACGCUCACCAACGUCGGGUGGGUGUUCAAGGAGCACUGGUGCUGGAGCGGGACCAACAAGAAGGGUCAGCUCGGCCUGUUCCCGCGCAGCCAUGUACUCUUUGACAAGGUCAAGGAGGAGAUCGCGCCUCGCAUCGGGUCGCCAGUUGCGACGAUGCGCCCGAGUACGGCCGCCGCCAACAAGGGGAGGCGCGGCUUCUUUGGCCUGGGCAAGUCCAGUGCCCGCAGCGAAUCCUCGUCCAUCAGCGGCGGGUCGAGCGUGUUGGAGAUUGUGCUCUGAGUUUGUCGGACUCGGGAGGAUCUGUCUGAUGUUUUUGUUGGAAAAAGGCCGUAUCCUUUUUUAUGUUCUGGCGUUCAUGGUCUAUAUGGUACCGUUGGGUGUAGCGUAGUGUACCAGGCUUGGGACUAGAUACUUUACAAGACCUCCUUUGUGGAUAAUCCUGGAUACCUACGGAGCUUUACAUAGAGCUUGGCGGUGACUACCUUAUUAAUGGUGUUGCAUCGUGGAGCAGAGACUGCGACUCUGCGAGUGUCGCCCGGUCCGUGGUGUUAUUUAUACCACCAAACGAUAUCUGCUGCUUUUCAGCUGGAAUACUGCUCCGUGUACGAAGCGGCGAUACAGAACACAAAAUCAUUCAAAACUCUAGUCUGG